AUGUCGUCCUCUACUGCAUGCGCCAGCUGCUCCAAGUCGCCUCCUGAAGUCAAGCUUAAGCACUGCGCCAAGUGCCCCGAGGUCAAGUAUUGCGGCCGCGUUUGCCAGACUGCCCACUGGCCGGCUCACCGCGCCGUGUGCGUCGGACAGACCGGCGGCACGCCGCGCACCUCUGUACCACCCCGUUCCUCUGCCCCUCCUUCCUCCUCCUCCUCCUCCUCCUCCUCCUCCUCCUCCGGCGGCAAGCUGUCCCCUGCCAAGGGCGUGAAAAAGGGCAUCGCCAGCCCGUUUACGCAGCUCGACAAGGGCACCUGGCUGCACAACCGGGCCGAGGCCGACGUCUACGCGCUGCUCAUUGACGCCUACCGCCUGCGCGCCGCGGACAUGUACAACCUCGAGGGCGAGGCCGAAGAGGACAGCAUCCAAGGCGGCGCCGCCGACGGCCUGCGCGGCUUUCAGCGCUUCCUGGGCCGCGUGGCCGCGGCCCGGCCGGCCCUGCUGCCGCCGUGGUGGGACGCGAGCAAGAAGACGGCGUGCGAGGAGCUGGGCAUGCGCGCGGGCCAGUGGAGCAGCCUGCGCGCGGCGGUGGAAAAGUCGGACCUGAUUGAGCAUUACGGCGAUUCGCAGUUUCCGAUGCAGCUGCGCAUGUUUGCCGAGGCUGUGUAUGGCAAGGCGCCGGGCGGCUCGAGCGGCUCGAUGAUGAAGGCCAUGAUGAUGGCUAUGGAGUCGGGCGAUACGGGAGGGUAUGAGGCUACGAAUAUCGACUUGUCCAAGAUUCUGGGUCAGCGGCGAUAA